AUGGGCGGUGAGGAACAGGGAGGGGUCGUAGAAGUCCAGAGGGUGGCCGACAGGAUGUUGGUCUCGGAAGAAGACAGUUUUCCACUGCCUAAUGCUGAAGACCUUUUUGCUAUUUUGGCAGGAGGAACAUCAUUCAGUAAACUUGACCUUUCUCAUGCCUACCAGCAGCUGGAGUUAGAUGAAGAGUCAGAGAAGUAUCUGGUUAUCAACACCCACAAAGGUCUGUACAAGUACAGUCGCCUCAGCUAUGGCGUAUCCAGUGCUCCUGCUCUUUUUCAGUCUGUGAUGGAUCAGAUUUUCCAAGGGAUGGAUCAUGUGACAUGCUUACUGGAUGAUAUUCUGAUCACUGCUUCAUCGGAGAAGGAACAUCUACAGAGGUUGGAAGAAGUUCUCACACGCCUGGAAAAGCAUGGUGUGAGAGUUAAGCUUGCAAAGUGUUGUUUCCUUCAGAGCAAUGUGGAAUAUUUGGGACACAGGAUUGACAAAGAUGGACUGCACCCCAUGGAGGAAAAGGUUGCAGCCAUAACAAACGCACCAGAACCAACCAAUAUUACUGAACUGAAGUCUUGUUUGGGUCUUCUAAAUUACUACAGUCGAUUUCUAAACAAUCCAUCUACCAUCCUUCAGCCUCUCCACAACCUGUUGAGAAAAGAUGAAACAUGGAUUUGGACAACAGCUUGUACACAAGCAUUUGAAGAUGCAAAAAGACUACUGCUGCAGAACACAGUGUUAGUGCAUUACAGCACACACCUGCCAUUGAAAUUAGCCUGUGAUGCAUCACCUUAUGGGGUUGGUGCAGUCAUUUCUCAUAUCUUGGAAAACGGAGAGGAAAGGCCAGUGGCAUUUGCAUCAAGAACGUUAACCGAUGCUGAGCGGAAGUAUGCCCAAAUAGAGAAAGAGGCUCUUGCCAUCAUUUUUGGAGUCAAGAAUUUCCACAAAUAUCUUUACGGAAGGAAAUUCACGCUCGUAACAGAUCACAAACCAUUGUUGGCUAUACUGGGACCAAAGUCAGCGGUGCCAACACUUGCUGCUUUGAGGAUGCAAUGCUGGGCUCUUAUUCUAAUGGCAUAUAACUAUGACAUUGAAUACAGAAGAUCAGCUGACCAUGCCAAUGCGGAUACGUUGUCACGUUUACCGCGGAACUCACCAGACAACACUGCAGAAAAAGGAAGCAUCUUCUACUUCUCUCAUGUGGAAGAACUACCAGUAUUAGCAAAAGACAUUGAGAAAGCGACUAUGAAAGAUCCGCUUCUUAGAUGUAUUCUUUGGGGACAACGUGUUGUUAUUCCACCAAGUUACCAACAGAAAGUGCUGAAAGACCUGCAUCAUGAACAUCCAGGCAUAUGUCGUAUGAAAGCUCUCACCCGCAGUUACCUGUGGUGGCCAGGGUGUGAUGGUGACAUACAAGAACUGGUCCAAAGCUGUCAAAUUUGUCAAGCUGUGCAGAAGUUGCCAGCGGUCGCAACACUCCACCUGUGGAAGUGACGUGAAAGAGCAUGGCAAUGGAUUCACAUUGAUUUUGCUGAAAGGGACAAACAGUAUUUCUUAGUGGUCAUUGACAGUCAUUCAAAAUGGUUGGAAGUUUUCCCGAUGACAUCUAUCACAUCACACAAUACCAUUGGAAACUUGAGAAGGUUAUUCUCUUCAUAUGGACUUCCAGAAGAACUUGUUUCAGACAGUGGACCUCAGCUGGUGUCACAAGAAUUCCACCAGUUUUUGGGGUUAAAUGGGAUCCGUCACACAGCUGUUCCUGCACAUCACCCUGCAUCAAAUGGAGCAGCAGAGAGGUCAGUACAAAUCCUGAAACGAUCUUUGAUGAAAAAUGUACUGGAGACAGAUGGGAAGGCCACAUUGCCACUCAGUCAUCGCUUGGCAGACUUCCUGAUCAUGUAUCGCAGUACACCGCACACCGUGACAGGUUGCACACCAGCGGAGUUAUUCCUGAAACGUCAGAUCCGAACCCGUUUCAGUCUUCUCAAACCUGACCUUGCUCAACACAUUAAACAGAAGCAGUCCAAGCAAAAGCGACCUCAUGAUCGCAGAUCUCCAUUUUUACAUGUUUUUUCGGAAGGAGAGACUGUUUGUGUCUGA